CCCCGCCCCCUGGCUGACGUCACCGACCACUUGACUGAAGCCAAGGGCUGUUAGAAAAGGAUAAGAGGAAGGCGCAACAGUUUUAGACAGUAAAAAAUGGAACUGUUAACCGUUACAACGGCCCAGUGUGUAUUUAAAGUGCUUUAUUUUUAUUUAAGAUAUUUUUUUUCUGUAAGCUACUGACAGCCGUCGUUAGCUUUCUUUUCGCGGUAGUCUGCAGUUGUAAGACGUCAGAGUCUCAUCCUUGUGUUUUCAGCUCAGACCAAAACAAGGAAGUAGGUGAAGACGAAACUUGGACAGGACAGUAGAAGUUCAUGCUCAUGACUUAGCAAGACUCUAUUAAGGACUUAAACGGGGAUGAACACUCUCAGUUAGAGAUGCCUCUGCUCCUGUCCCUGCUGUUCCUCUAUGUGCCACUAGGGGGCGAAACCUCACCAAUCAGCUGCUAUAAUGAUCAAGGAGAAGCUGUUGAUUGGUUCUAUAUUUACAAGCUUCCGAAAGAACAUGGCAGAAAAUCUCCCAUAGAGGGUGAGAGGUAUUUAUUGCUGGAAAAAGGCAGUGAAGGAUGGACUGAUGGGAAAGGGACGGUGAACGAGACUACGGGAGCCCUGGGUAGGACGGUCGGACAGCUGUACACACAGAAAAAGGGCACAGACUUAGCAUACAUCCUUUACAAUGACCAGAAACCAUCUCAAGACUUCGACGACAGAUGGGCUGACAACAGUGGAAACGGAGGGGGGCACACAAAAGGUGUCGUGCUUCUGGAUAAAAAUCAGGGCUUCUGGUUGGUCCACAGCACCCCUCACUUCCCCCCUGUGCAACAGGAGGGGCAGUAUUAUUACCCCGACAGUGGUAUGAAUAACGGGCAAAACUUCAUCUGCGUUACGUACCCGCUCGACCGUUUCCAGACCAUUGGAGAGCAGCUGCAGAUCAAUCAGCCUAAUGUGUAUGACUGCGAUGUCCCAGAGUCCUUGACCUCCCUGGUGCCUGCGCUGGCUGCUGUGUGUAAGAAAAAACAUCUGUCCGGUCAAAUCUACCCACAUGUCAAGCCUGUGUCCAAUCGCAGUGUGACACUGACCUCAAAGGAAGGCACCAACUUCAUCAGCUUCGCCAAAGGAUCCUCUUUUGACAAUGACCUGUACCACUCAUGGGUGGCCCCCACCCUCCAAUCAGACCUCCUGGUUCAGUUCUGGAUUCGCUCCAGAGGCAUCCUCCCCUCCGACUGCUCACAGGGAUGGAAAGUCCUGGACAUCACGCUCAUCCACCCGGGGCAGACGUUCACCUUCAAGACCAGCCAGGACCACUCCAAGUGGGCGGUCAGUCCUAAGGCGGCCGUGCAGGGGUCAGGAGGAGGCUGGGUGUGUGUUGGGGACAUAAACCGGAACGAGGCGGAGGAAAAGCGGGGUGGAGGCACAGUGUGUCUGCAGGACCCGGUGGUAUGGAAGGCUUACCGGGCGGCAGCAAUGGAGUGUGAGGCUUGUGGAGGAGGAACGAUCCAGUGUUAACACCCUGCAGGAGGCUGAUGGACGAACUGGACUUGAUAGCUGGAUCACAGUGCAAUCAAUCAGAUGGGUUUUUAUUGAAAUGUUUUAACAUUUUUAGUAUAGUAUUAAUAUAUGUGUCUUUUAUUAUCUGGUGAAAUCUGAUUGAAACUACUCAUGUUUAUUAUUCUUUUCUACAAAUGUGUGCUUUUGGAAUAGUUCUUACACAUCAUAAUCAUUUCCUUGAAGAUUUCCUGAGGAGUUUUUGGCAUGGAUGUGUAGAAAACACAGUAUUGAGGUUUCAUACUACAAUCAGCUGAAUACAUCACCUUCCCCACUAUGCAAAAAUCGCUGCACUGUUUGUUAGAGAUUGGUGUUUGAUGACUUAAAGGUGAAGUCAGCGAUACUAAAUCCAGUGAUCAUCUCUGCUCGCUGUGUGCUUUGUGCGUGCACUGCAAAAAUCUCUAGUCUUUGUUCACAGCGCAGGCUCUGUAAAUGCAAAACAAAGUGGCUUGUACUGUGUAAUUUUGUGCUCAUGCACAGAAUGGGAGAAAGAGGGCAGAGGGUGCAAAAUGACAGUGAAUGCUACUUAUCAAAAUAUGCAAACUAGCUAAAUAUCAGCAACUUUUCUCCAUCUUUAAUGCUGUAGAACAGUUUCUCAGUGUGCAUCCCUGCUUGUCUGCCCUUGGACCUGUGUUUAAAGGUGCACGCUUACAGUUGGGUGACAGGUGAUCAACAGGUGGCAGUAAUGUGCAGAGAAACACAACAAUGGACAUACAGAAGAAGAUCACGAGCUAGUUGACAUCAUGGAGGCAGAAUGCAGAUUUCAAACAUUUAAACAAGCAGAGUUGGCACUGACUUAUGAGGAAGGAAAUGCAUUCAGCACAUUUGUCAACCUCAAGGAUGCACAUGAUACAUUGUGGUGAGUAACAGGAGUCUAAACAGAAACUUUGUUCACUGCAAAUCUCCACAGGAACCCUUUAAAAAUGUUGCUAGGUUGCAUUAAAGCCUACAAAAUAUAUUGGCAACAGUAAAGUGAAAAAAAAAAAUCAAAAAAUCUUUUUAAGAUUUGAACUCUGAUCUGCUUUUUUAUGACUGCGUGGGUGUUCUUUAUUUAUUUUUAUGUCAAAAUUGAUCCAAACAACUAUUAUCAGCUUUGAAUACAUUUUUUGGACUCAUGUUCAUAGCUAAGCUUCACCCACUGCUAACCAAUGAAACACAUCUAAUUAAAACAAUUCAAUCUGAUCCAGCUGUAGUAGGAAAUAAGGAUGCUAUCACUCCCAGCACAAAGCUGAUUAAAGACAUUGCUUUGUUCUUUUGCUUGCUGUAUGAAUUUUGGCAGUUAUCAAUUGCUGCUUCAUUCUCCUCUUUACUUUAAAUGCAAACAGAAUAGUGCUUUAGGAGCCAAGUAGUCAAAUCUGAUGGGAAGGAUUGGAUUAUGGGAGAAAGUGGUGUUCAUUUUGAAAAGCACAAAAACCUUAAAGGGGCCACUUAGAAGAGAAGUGUUAGCUGAAGUGUCUUUAUAGCCACUGGGUGCUGUUUUAACUGAACUGGAUGAGCUCUGCUUCUCUUGUUUUAUCUGUUUAGCCGGCUUGUGGGUUUGUUCUCAGGGAAAGUGUGGAGCUUUGCUGGUUGAAAAUGUCUGAAAAUAGAACAGUGUGGGAGAAAUUGCACUAUGUGACAUGCUUCACUGAGGAUCAAUUAAAGACACUGACAACA